AGGCGUGUCCCCGGGGGCCGGGCACCGCUGCGGGGCCGGGAGGAGUUGCUGCCGCCGCUGCGGUCCCCGGCCCGGUGCUGGGGGAGCGGGCGGUGCCCGCGGAGCUGGGCCAUGAGGUGAGCGGGGCCGAGCCGGGGGCGGCAGGUUUCCUUUGCCUGAUCUGUAAACAUGUCCACAGACCUGCUAUGGUGUGAGGAUUGCGGUAAAAGCCUUAUAGGAGAAUGCAAGCUCCACGGACCACUCAUCAGGGCUAAAGAUAGGGUCAUUCCUAGCCGAGCCCGUCUCACCCUACCUCACUACCUCACUUUGCGAGUGUUGGAGCUGCGAGCUGGAAACGAGCAGAUCCUUGGGGUAUUUGCAAAGAAAGUAAUACAGAAGAGGACACAGUUUGGUCCUUACGUUGGUCAACUGUCUACAAAACUGACCCGCUAUGAUGAGAGCAGGCUAGUCCUGCAGGUGUUGAAAGAUGGAGGGAAGUACUUUCUGGACACUCCCAAUGAAGACUGUGGAAACUGGAUGAUGUUUGUGCGGCUGGCCCGGAACCAAGAAGAACAGACCCUUGUGGCUUAUCAGCACUGCGGAGAAGUCUACUUCACAACUGUUAAGCCGAUCGAACCCCACACGGAAUUGAAAGUAUGGUAUGCUGCCGAUUAUGCCAAAUUUAUGGAAGCUUCUGCAGUCUUCAUUAAAGAGGAAUCUGAUGUCUGUCCCUUGCCUCCAGUAGCAAAAGAGCCUGUAGACACUUGGAUAUGCUCCAGCUGUGGAAGCACUUUUGCAACUUUUGCUCUGCUGGAAUCUCACCAGUGCAUCCAUAAAGACCGAGUCCUUACCACUAGGUUCAGGCCACCAAACAAACUGGGACCCGUAAAAGCGAAAAGCAAACUCAAAGGGAAACUGAGAGGAGCAGUGUUAGGCAAAAGCAUCGCUCAGUGCUUCGGGACCGUUUCCUGUUCCCCUGCUGCAAAGCUCAGUGGCGGCAGCUCAGGGGGCGGCUGUGAUGCUCUGGUGAGGUUUAUCCCCAAAUGGAGGAAUGGGCGGUCUGUGCUGCUGAAGGGGAGAGAAGGGAAGCAGCCAGACACUUACCCUUGCCGGCUCUGCGGGAAGGCGUUCGACUCCAUUGACAAGCUCACGGUGCACACUUACGCACACAAAGGGGAGCGGCCCUACAAGUGCUCGCAGCACGGAUGCUCCAAAGCCUUCAUCUCCAAAUAUAAACUGCUCAGGCACUCAGCCACUCAUUCUCCACAGAAAUCUCACCAGUGUGGCUACUGCGAGAAGACUUUUCACAGGAAAGACCACCUAAAGAAUCACCUUCAGACUCAUGACCCUAACAAGAUGGCCUUCAAGUGUGAAGAAUGUGGCAAGAAGUACAACACCAAGCUAGGCUACAAGAGACAUUUGGCUCUUCACGCAGCCACCAGCGGGGACCUUACCUGUAGGGUGUGCGCCCAGGAGUUCGGGGGUACCGAAGUGCUGUUGGAACACCUCAAAAGCCACGCGGGGAAACCGACCGGCAACACGAAGGAAAAGAAGCACAAGUGUGACCACUGCGAGCGUCACUUCUACACCCGCAAAGACGUGCGGCGUCACAUGGUCGUGCACACGGGCUGCAAAGACUUCCUGUGCCAGUUCUGCGCCCAGAGGUUUGGGAGGAAGGACCACUUGACUCGCCAUACGAGGAAGACUCAUCCGCAAGAGCUGCUGAAGAGCAGGCUGCAGAACGGCGACGCGGUGGGGCUCCUUGACCAGCUUUUCCCAUUUAGACUGAAGGAAGACGUCGGCGUACUGUCGCCUUUUCCCGAAAGAGCCUCUGUGCAGAACGGGAUUGUGAAUACUUCAGAGUCAGAGGAAUACAACUGUUCACCUCUUCAUUCCCAGCCAAGCUUACAAAUUGCUCUUCCUCUUGAACCUUCUCCUCCCGUGCAAAGGAUGGGCUGUGCAGACAGCCUUCCUGCUGUCCCUCCCACACCGUGCUCGACAGCCAUUCCUGCCAACCUGACCCUUCAUCAGCCUAAUAAAUACGACCUUAGUUCUACCUCAUUUGCAGCAGGAUCCCUCAAGAAUCUACCCAUAAAAGUGGAUGUUAAAGGUUACAACGUGCCUCUUCUUGAGGACCUGCAGUUACCAGAACCUCAGUCUCUCCACAAAAUCAGUCUGGAAGAAGCUUCCUCAGGGCCCCUAGGGGAUACUAACAAGUACCCAGUGCACAAGGAGACAGAGGCAGCAGCUGAAACUGCGAGCCUGCCUUUCAUGGAUCUCACUCACGUGAUGAGUUUCUGGCAGGUCCCAUCAGGUGACAACCAGAACACUACCGGGGACAUCACAAUGACAUUUGGUCCGGAGGAACUGUCACACAGGCUGAAUGGCCUCGGCCAACCACAAGGUCUUCAGCUAGCAGCUGGUGGGAUGGCCAUAAACCAGCUGCACCAUGUCCCUCGCUCCUUUCCAUCCACUACAAAUUCUGUAACGUUGCCUCAUUUCCACCAUGCCUUCAAAUAACUGUCGCCAUGGUUUGGGGUUGUGGGUUUUUUUCCUCUUGUUUUUAUAAGACUGUGCUUCUUACCUAUAUCUGUUAGGAUGGGGUGGUUUGGGUUUUGGUUUGUGUUUAAGAACAACUGCCCCAGGCGUUUUCAAAGCACGUUAUGAACACGGUAGUUAAAUUCGGGAUGUUAAUAAACAAGAAGCUCUAUUUUUCAUACUACUAUUAGUUUUGUAGCAUAUGACAAUAGUAGAACUAACCUGUUCCCCUCAACACCCUUCUGUGCUUUUUGUUUCUUAACCUUUCACGCAAACAACUGUAUAAAUAGCUGCAGUGAUAGCAAAGCAUCGUAACAGGCACAAUAAAACUAUGGCUGCUGCAGUAGAAGAAAUAGGGUGAGGAUGAAGGGGAAGAAGUGGGGGGAAAAAAAUCACAGAAACAUAAUUUUAAUGAGCCAUAAAUCACAGCAAAUCUAUACACAGGGCAGACAAACGAUUGAUCAGCGUCACAUAGAUCUGUUAAGCACUUAAUUACUGAACUUUAUGAAUCUGUAAAUUAAAGCGGAAUCAUUCCGAGUGAAUCUUACCUCCUCGGUUCACCUCGAGUGAAGACCACUGUUGUGAUUACAUUGAAGUAGAUUUUGUUUCCUGAAGUGCACUUGGGCUGUGUGCACCUCCUGCGUUUCUUCCUAGGCCUGGAAAAGAAUCACAUCUGCAUGACUGUGCAAGAACUGAGGUCUUGUAUACGUACAGUUUUCAGAAUGGGAAGUGAAUUGCCUCAAAGUUUAGAGCAAAGCAUUGAUUUUUCCCUUGAAGAUGGACACUCUCUCAUAGAGCACUUAAACAUCUGCUUAAACUUACCCAUAUGUUAUCCCAUUGGGUCAACAGGUUGAUUGAUUUAGCACUCCAUAAAGAAUAAUGCUUCCCAGCUAAGAGGCCCUUAUUCACCCUUUGAUGAUAAAAAUGGCCUUUUAGUCUGAGAAAUUAAUUGUAGUCAUCUAAGAUGUGAAUUCCUUCACAGAAAGCCAAACCUGGCUCAGGGAGCCUGUGCCCAAGCGGGAUCUCUGUGAGGCCAGUGGCAAGUCCAUACACAGAAGGGUUGUGGUGUUGGAGCUGACACUGGAUCCUGUUCAAAAGCAGAUUAUGAACCUGCCUCACAAGUGGUGCCUGAAGUUCGUGGAUGUGCUAAUGGUUGAGGCCGUUUUAGCCACGGGAGUUUUGCUCAGCAGCUGCAGCUGGACUUCUGCCCUUUGUUUCUUCCAAACCAGAACCAUGGGGACUUGUGUUUGGUUCCUAGGGUAAAUUAUCCACGUACAUUUCCAGUUGAAUGGUGUGUUGGUGUGACAGUCCUACCACCUGAUAGGACCAUCACCUAGCAGAAAUUGCAUAAAUCGUAUCUCCCGGUAGAUGACAUCAUUAUUAAAGCUUACAACUUACAACCCAGACUUACUGUCUUGCCUAAUCCCUGGUUCUUAACAAUAAUAAUCCUGGUUUGAGUGGAUUGUAUUGCAGCUAAAGCACCCACAGAACUUGUGAAUCUGAAGAAAUUUUCAAACCCUGAGAGCAACUUUUCCAUUCCAACCUGAGAAAGUUGAGAGUAGCUAAUGACUGUUACAAAUACAGCCUGAACCAAGCAUGUUCUCUUCUCUCCCAUUGAUCACAGGAGUAUUUCCAGACAGCUUCAAAUAAAAUCUUUUUAAGUGAUUGCUGUUUUGCUGUUAAUGAGCUACAAUUACACUGCACAGCUACAAGGAUCCAGAUAUUCUUACAAGUUUAUAAGCAGUUGGGUUGUGAGAAGGUUGUGUCGUUGCAGGUCGUGUGUGAAUGUGUGUUCCCCAUUGAACAUAACGUUGUUGACAGGUAUUUUUUUGUUUGUUAUGAAAAUGUUUGGCAUAAGGCAAACCAGAAGGGGUUUUAAAGUGGUUUUUGUUAUGACAACAUCAGUAGGAAGAGCAGGUGCUGUACAGUCAUGCCCAGUGAGCAGUUAUUUAAGUGACAGAAUAGGGAAAAGGUUGCCAACAACGUUAUAUGCACAUUCUACAGCCAGGCUCAUGUUUUCAUCCAGACUUGAAAAGGGGUGUGUGAAUGCAUGUGUGUGUCUCUGUGUGUGUGUCUCUGUGUCUGUGUGUAUGGACUUCCUGCCUUGUUUUCCUCAUUCAUGCAAAUUAUAUUCACUUGGCUUCAUCCAAGAUUUUGUACUUGUAAAAAACAACAGCAACAACAACAAAACCCCCACAAAUUCUGCAGCAAUGCUGGAGGAGAUACCAUUACUAGACACUUUGACAUUUUGGUUUCUGCUUCUGUAAGAGGUGGAAGUAAUUACUGAAAUACUUGUCUUUGAGCUAAAACGUGACGUUGAGAAGAAAAUGUAGCUCAAACACUGAGCUACACUGGCACUCACCGUCUUUCAGUUGCUGGACUGUAGCAGGGUGCCUGAGCUGCCAGGAGAGGUGCUGCUGCUGGACCACAGCCUCUUCUGAGAUGGUUGGAAGGAUGAGUUGCUGGGAGAUGCUUACCCUGUGAAACUAGGAGUUAAAGACAAAGUCUCAUUGGAGUAAAAAGAAAAUCACCAUUUUUUAUGCUAAAAUGCUUAAAAAGCACACAAGGAUGCUGUCUACAAGUAAAACACAGAAGCAACCCUUCAAUGUGUAGCUUUAACCCUUCAGUUCUACUUACCAGCUGUUUCUGUCAGGAGUUUUUCUUAACCAAUGAGUUGCUGUUAAUUCCAGUGAGUUGUUCACAGCCACCGGGCUGAACGAGGGCGUCGCGUUAAAAGGGGACAGAGCGGUACGUUCCAUGUACUAAUGAUGGAUUCAUUUCCUGCUAACAGGGUUAGUACUGGUCUUCAAGACACUGAUCUUGCCUCUGUCAUUAUGUUUUCUGUAAGAUACUGCAAAAUGAGCUGUGAAAUCAAGCACCCCACCAGAAAAUAGUGAAGAAAACCAAAUACGGUAAAACUUGCUCUAACUUUUGAGGAUUCAUUUAGUUGGUUUUAAAAGAAAGUAACUAUGGUAACAUCUUUGUAUGGUAACAUCUUGGUAUGUUGCUUUGGGGUGUUUUUUUGUUUCCUCUUCUUCCUGGAUUGAAAAAAAAGGCCAUGCAGCACUGCUUUAAUACAUUUGGGCUAAUUUCAUGCCUGCUGUUUUCUAAGAGUCUACCUCUAGGAGUUACAUUUGCUUCAAUGUCAUCCUUUCUGUAUCUAUCUAAUCACUGUCAGCUAGAGCCUAAGUAGAGUUUCAUUAAACUCUAAAGUCUGGCACUUAUUAUCCUGUGUCCAAAUACUUUUCAUUUACUGUACUAAACAUUUAAUGGGCAAGAAAAACUCCUUAUGGAUUUUCAUUGAAAGACAGAUUGGGAAAGUGUUGGGCUAAAGAACCCCAUCAUUGCAUCAUUUACUGCAAGGUCAUCCAAGGUUAGUAACAGAUCAGGUGGCCAAAAAAUAAGAUGAGAUAUGUCUCCACAACAUUUGUGUCCUACCAAUCAAUUUCUAAAAGCAACUGGGAGUUUUUAAUGCAAGAAUGAGAGCUGGUUUUAGUUAGUCUGGGACUUGAAGUGCUUUGAAGCAUACAUGGCCAUUUAUCACUUACUACUUUCAUGCAUCAUUUAUUGUUUACUGGCAGAUUCUAUUAAAUAUAAAUAUGAAAUUUGAAAA